CAUAUGAAAUGGAGACAAUCUAAAUUAAUCUUAAAAUAGUAGGUAUAAAUUGAAUUAGCGAAAAUCCAACAUUGUGCAGAAAGUAAUUUGACUCGACAGGGAUUCAGAUUUGUUCUUUUGUUUUACCUUGAAUUGUUGAAGCCGAAGAAAAAGAAACGAAGGCGAGAUUGAUUUCAUUCGUUCCCAGUUGGCGGCACCAUAGCUAACAAACACACAAUUUGUCAUUCACUAUUCCACCGGAUCGGAGCCGAACCAUGCUAUCCGGUUCCGAACCAGAUCGAAACUCGCCAAGGCUGGGUCCGAGCCGCCUCUCCAAUUCCCGCAGAUCCCACUCUUGUUCCUGGUAUCGAAGGAGACGAGCCAAACUCCUUCUGGCGCUUAUUUCGUUGCUCGCUUCCUUUUUCUUUGUCAAUUCGUUUAUGCUUCUCCGCUUACAGCAUCAACCCGAUCCUAUUUCCAAACCUACACUCCGUUCCCCUCAGGUGAAAUGGAACAAGGCUGGAAAUAAGAAAAAAUCACAAAAGGGGAAUUACGUAAGGAUGCUGGCAUUGGCUUCACAUGCUUUGGCAGAGAAUAAACGCGAACCGAAAGAUUUGUGGCAGGAACCUUUUCUUCCUGCUUCUGCCUGGAGACCUUGUGCUGAUGACCGGAAUUGGGAACCUAAUGAGGGAAAGAAUGGAUACAUUUUGGUUACUGCAAAUGGCGGGAUCAAUCAACAACGAGUAGCUGUUUGUAAUGCUGUGGUUGUGGCCCGAUUACUCAAUUCAACUCUGGUUGUCCCCCAAUUUAUGUACAGUAGUGUAUGGAGAGAUGUGAGUCAAUUCAGCGAUAUCUAUCAGGAGGAGCAUUUUAUUAACUACUUGACUCCUGAUAUUCGGAUAGUGAGGGAACUUCCUAAGGAGCUGCAAUCUUUGGACUUGGAGUCAAUCGGUAGUGUCGUGACAGAUGUUGACAUGGGGAAGGAGGCCAAGCCAAGUUUUUACUUGAAACACAUCUUACCUAUUAUACUUAAAAAUCAAGUCAUUCACUUUGUUGGAUUUGGGAAUCGCUUGGCAUUUGAUCCGAUAUCAUUUGAACUGCAGAGACUUCGUUGCAGAUGUAAUUUUCAUGCCCUACAAUUUGUUCCCAGAAUACAAGAAACUGGUGCUUUGCUUCUUAAAAGAUUGCGUGAACAAUCAGAUCUUAUUGGACCAUUGGACCAUUAUCUUGUUGGGCAAUUUGCAGAAUCAAUUAAGGAGAAAAAUGGAAAUAAUGGCAAGAAAGCAUCUAAAUACCUAGCUUUGCAUCUCAGGUUUGAAAUUGACAUGGUAGCUCAUUCUUUAUGUGAAUUUGGGGGAGGUGAAGAAGAGAGGAAAGAAUUGGAAGCAUAUCGUGAAAUUCAUUUCCCUGCAUUGUCACUACUGAAGAGGACUACAAAAUUACCUUCUCCAUCUGAGCUCAGGUCUGAAGGCCUAUGUCCUUUGACACCUGAAGAAGCCAUCCUUAUGCUUGCUGCUCUUGGUUUUAACCGCAAAACACACAUAUUUGUAGCUGGUUCUAACUUGUAUGGAGGUCGCUCACGAUUGGUUUCUUUGACAAGCUUGUACCCUAAGUUAGUCACCAAAGAGAACUUGCUUUCUUCAGCUGAACUCGAACCAUUUGCUAAUUAUUCCUCUCAGUUAGCAGCACUGGACUUCAUAGGCUGCACUGCUUCGGAUGCAUUUGCCAUGACUGAUUCAGGAAGUCAGCUAUCAUCUUUGGUGUCUGGGUAUCGAAUAUAUUAUGGUGGCGGAAAAAUGCCAACAAUACGUCCUAAUAAACGUAGGCUUGCUAGUAUAUUUAUGAAGAACAAUACCAUAGAGUGGCGUGUUUUUGAACAGAGAGUGAGGAAAGCAGUUAGGCAAACAAAACACGUACAGACAAGGCCAAAGGCAAGAAGUGUUUACAGGUAUCCUAGGUGUAAAGAAUGUAUGUGCAGGACAGAUUGAUUUAUUUAUAAUAGGUUGACUGUAAUUGCCCAUUGUAGUUGUAAUUUGUAACGACAUUGUUGUUCAUUAUACCCAUUCAAUUUUUUUCCUUUAGUUAGCCCGUGCCAUUAUAACUAGGAAAACGUUUGAUGGACACUAGAGUUUUUUUCCUUUAGUUAGCCCGUGCCAUUAUAACUAGGAAAACGUUUGAUGGACACUAGAGUGCUAGUAUACACCUAGAAAUAGAAGAAUCAGAAGUGGUAGAUGUAUAGGUGAUAUGAUGUGAUUACGAAACCACCUCCUCAAGGUUGGGUUAAACAUAAUACAGAUGGCUCUUUGAUUUGUCUAA